AUGUUUGCUUAUCAUCGAUCGACCUCCCACAGCACCGUCAUUCAACGCAUUCUUACAGGAUCAUUGACAGGCACUGGUCAUGACGUUGUUCUCGUCAAGCCAACGUGUUUGGAACUUCGACAACUGAAUACGUCUGAUGUUAUUGACGACCUAUUGACUUUGAGCUUUGAACAACCAUCGUUUGGCAAUAUCACGGAUGCGAACGUGGUUCGGUGUCGUUUUCUCGAACAAGAAAAGCGUGAGCAAGAGCAAGAUCAAGAGGAUGAAGAGGACGAGGAUGAAACAGAAGAUAUGGCUAGUAUCAGCAUUGAUUUUCCAUACGUCGUCAAGGUGCGUCAGGGACAUACACCGGUACAAGGGGACGAUGUGAUCGUGGUCAUUUCCGAAUACGGCAAACUUGUGUUUAUGACCAUUGCCACACCUCAAGAGGGUCAUCUCUCGCAAAAGGGUCGUUUUGAGCCAUUGGCUGAGAUAUGUAUGGAUGAACCUGGGUUGGAAUUUUCAAAGGUGAACAAGCGACUUGCCGUUGAUCCCUAUUCAAGAGCCAUUGCUAUAUCUGCAUAUGAGGAUCGCUUUGAUGUCAUGAUCAUGGGCGAAUCGAUAUCAAGGACCCACUUUGAUCCUAUUGUCGGUAGAGGAUCGAUCGAGGAGGAAGGCAUUAUUUGGCACAUGGAGUUUUUGCACACAGAAUCGAAUUCGCGUGAUAGGAUCCUAUUAGCCCUGAUGAUAUUCAACGAUGUAGAAGUGAAGUGCUGGAUCAGCAUAUAUGCCAUAGAUGCUACCAAUCCCGAAGAUGUAUUAGUGGAGCGGAUAGGACGACUACCGUUGGAUGCAAAUGCACCUAUACCCAUUCUCUUUAUUCCUUUGAAGCAUCAUCCAGAAGCCUUUGUGAUUAUUACAAAUUAUGAAGCAGCGCUUGUCACUGUGGAGGAUAUUGUAUCUGGCAACAUGUUUUAUCCUACUUGCUUGAUCCCGCGUCCCUUUGGAGAAGUCAACUGUCCGCUUAUGACAUCUUUUGCUAUCCCUGUGGAUGAUUCACCGAUACCUUAUGUCUACGUUGGGUCCGACAAUGGUAAUUUCUUCAAGUUGUCAUUUCCUUCUCCUCAAGCCAUGAAUUGGGAUAUUAUGGAGCGCAUCAAUCCAGUUGGAUCAAGCAUGUGUGUCUUGGGUGUGAUGGAUGUUCCAGAGAACGAAGGGGAGUACCAAGCAGAUAUCGUGAUCUAUGCGGGAGAAGGUGCAGAUAGUCAAGUGCUGGCAGUUGACAGGGAACAUAAACGACCUCCCCUGCUGAUACAAAGUUUCGAGAAUCGAGCACCGAUCACUGAUAUGCGAGCAGCAAUGUCGGCGGAUGAAUGUGGGCAAGACACAGUUGUAAGUUGCUCUGGUCAAGGCGGGCAAGGCGCAUUAUGUCUCUUUCAACGUGGCAUCAAAUCCAAGACGAUAGGCUCAUCAUCCAACCAUUGGCAACAAAUUUCUCGGGUUUGGAGUACCGUUAUAUCCGACGCUGAUAAUAGCCUUUUACCGCUACUUGUUACUUCAUCAGCUAUCAAUUCCAAGGUCUUAUCCACUCGACAUGGUGAUAUCAGGGAGCUGGAGCAAUUGCAAGCGGACAAACGGCUAGUCGGCGCUGGAUCAAUCAACUUGGAUUCAAAAGGCUACCUUAUCAAAGCGUAUCCUGACGAAGUCGUUGUUAUCGACAUUACAGCUCAAGAUCUUAUUUGCGCACGGUGGAAAUCCUCUGGCAAUGAGACCAUUACCCUAGCAGCUGUAUUAUCUUGUGCAAAUCCAGGCAGUGCUCAGAUAGCUUUGGUUGUGUUUAACGAUGGCGAAUCUUCCUUGAUAAUUCUCACCCCAAAGCCAGCCUUCGACCACAGGGGGAUCAUUAUAGAGGCGACUUCAAGAUCAUCAUGUCAAGCAGAACCAAGCUAUUUAGGCUACUUACAACUCAAGAACCAAACUCUGCUGGCCAUUGGUACCUUUAAGCCGUCUGUACAAUUUUAUGAUACAAGCUCUCGUAAUCUAGAACUUUUGGAGGACAUCGAUCUAGCGAUGAUCCAAGGGCUCGAUAAUUGUGCAAUACCCCAUUCCAUGGCUGUGAUCACAUCUGAAAAGGAAGAGGAGCAAUCCAUUCUCAUGCUUGGAUUACGAGUUGGAUCUAUUGUGUUUUUCCCAAUUGAGCAUCAAGAUAAGCACCUCUUUGACAAGAAAUCAACUCCUUUUAUUCGUCAACUUGGACGACGCGCUGUCAGAUUCGACUCGGCAUCAUCAUCAUCAUCGUCAUUAUCGUCCAUACUCGCACUUUCUGAUCAACUCUGGCGUGUGCAGUACAAUGACUUAUACCCUGACGCUGUCGAAAUUGACCUCGUCUUGCUACCUUGGAUGAAGGAUAUAGAGCAAGUCGUCUCGUUUUCCAUUGAUGGCAUGCAUCGCGAAUUUACAGGUGUUGUGGCGGAUGAUUCUCUUCAUGUUGUACAACUAUCAAAGCAAAGCACGGUUGCUGCAGAGAAAAUCCCCCUUGGAGAGACACCUACCCGCUUUAUGCUGGAUAGCGCUUUUUCACACAAUGCCUUUGUGCUUACCAGUGCCAUUGACAGUAACAACUUUCGCAACAAAAAUACAUUACACCUUGUGGAUACGAGAAGCCCGAGCAACCAGAACCAGAUUCUUUUGAAUGAAAGAGCAUUUCAACCUACCGAUGAGGUGCUUUGUAUGACAGAAUGGACAUUACAGCAUCGUAACAAGACCUAUCGCUAUCUAUGUCUUGGUGUUGGGCAGAUGAAUAUGACCAGCAAUCGAACACGGAUCAAAAAGAUAGGAGCUGAACGAGGCACCCUUAUGAUUUAUCGGCUGAAACAAGGCAAAGAUGAGCGUGUCCGCUACACAUUACGUCCGGUGAUGAACAAAGACUUGACAGGAGGUGUCUUUGCCAUAUGUCCACAUCCAGCAGGUCUUUUGUUUUCUGCAGGUCCCGUGUUGUACUUAUACCAGCUUGAUACGGAUGGCAAGGAAGCAAAAUUGAUCGAGAUUACCAAAAAGCCUCUUCGGUUCCUGAUUACUGGUAUCCAAGUUGACGGCGAUAAAAUAUGUGUCACCUGUCAAGGAGAUUCGAUUUCAUACUACAGAUUCAAUGCAGAAACAAGCAAACUUGAAUAUUGUAAAAGCGAUAUCUCUGCACGAACUAUGCUCCAUUCAAUGAUGCCACAUCCUCAACUCGUCGUCGGCUCAAAUCAAUUUGGUGGAUUAAUUGCUCUUUGGGACAAUCCAGAGGAUCGAUCGUUUGAGCAAAGAUUGCUGACCAGCUUUUCAUUUCAUUACCCUGAUAUCCUGAUUCGCCCUUCAUUGACAUCUUUACUAUCGUCCACCACGCUGGAAGUCGUCACUCAUGCCGAUUGUAUUGAUGGACACAUUUUACCUUGGGACUCCUCCUCCUCAUCCUCCUCAUCGAAUGAAACGACGACGACGACGACAAUCAAGCCUAUUCUAUGUGCUGGUGUCUCUGGUGGUUUAAUAUCGGUGCAUCGUGUCAGCCAACCACUGUAUGAAUUACUUUAUGCACUUCAAGAACGAUUGGUUCAUUUCGCUCAAUCCUUAUAUAUUCUACUCGGCUCUCCUCGUGAUUUUCAAUGGUAUCAUAACAUUGGACAGCGAGAAAAACAUGCACUUGAUGGUGAUCUUCUCAGCUUAUACCUGCGACUUGAAUCGGAUGAACAACACCAAGUGGUAGAACUUGUGGAUGACCAACUCUUUUCUUCCAUACUCGACCCAGCCAAGGUGUUCCUAGACCAAAAUACCACAUCCACCCAAAUAGCAUCAUUGCUCGAAAACCUGUUGCGUGCGCUUGAACGGUGCUGCUAG